UGGCGACCUGGAGGUACUUUACAUUGAAAACAAAUACAGCACUUCCGUCCAUACAGUGCCACUCCUGACAGCUCGUCGUGGGGAGGAGGAAAACAUGGAACAGGAAUUAUUUGGAAUAAUGCCACGCACUUGCUUAUAUAAAAAAAAGUACUCUGGAUACUAACUACAAGCAUUUCUCAUUCACCACCGGAGCUGAACCCCUUUCAAAUGUCAGCUGCGUGUUUUUUUUUUUCUGCCAAACGAGCUGUAAAAGCUUGAUUCAGAAGUCUUAGCAUGAUGGCAUCCCCACCAGAAAUGAACAAAACUAAAGAUGAGGGUGUGGAGCCCCUGAAGAAACACAUCCAGAACUGGCAGGACCUGCUGGUGGAGGCUCUGUACAACAUCGCACCGCUGCUGGAUCACAUGAUCGCCGCACACCUCCUCACGCAGGAGAACUACUUUGACGUGCAGGCUGAGAAGACGCCCCAGAACAAAGCCAGGAAGCUGCUGGAAGUGGUGCAGCACCAGAUGGACGAAGAGAAAGCACUUCACUUCAUUGAGUGUUUGAAGAAGUGCAAGGAACACUACCCUCGACUGAAGGACUGGCUGACAACAGAUGCAGGAAUCAAGCGUGGACCAACAGAACAGAAGCUCCGCAAGCAGAUGAGCGAGCUGUGCCUUCGUCUCGGACACCUCGUCACCCCGAUCUCCAUGAGGCUCUUCUCUGGUGGGACCCUCUCCCAGUUCGAGCUGGAACAGGUGCAGGCCAGCACCACCCCCUUCCUCCAGAACAAGACCCUCCUCAGCCUCUGCCUGGCCAAGGGGGAGAAGACCUGCCUGAGCUUCUACCAGGCCUUCCACAGUGAGGACAGCAUGCUGGCCAAGGAUAUUGACGAGUGUUCAUCAUCCUCAUCUUUAAAAAACUGGGAUUGCACAUUUAAUCCUGUCCAAUCAGAAGCAGGUUUCCAAGCACCUACAGGCAGUCUGGACUUUUCAGUUGGACAUCCUGUACCUGUAGUAAGCAGACCAUUUGAAUCACUGCCACCUUUAACAACAGCGAGUGUGGCAUCCUUAUCCAGCUGCUCAACAGCAGUGGAGGAAACACACCCACUUUCUGCACAGCUCCAGGAUUUGACCCUGAAAAUGGAAUAUGGGGGAGAGAUUGAGCUUCGUCCAGAAGAGAAAGAGCUGAUCAGGGAAGUUACCCGGCUGCUGGGUCUGGAACUGGGCUCUGGAAUGACCCUGAACCUGUGUGAGCUGGGCCUGGCGCUGGGCCUGCCUCGAGGUGUGGUCAGGGAGAGCCUGUUUGAGCUGGAGAGCGCAGGGGACCUGACUCAGCUUGCAGCCAUCGUGCACUGCUUCAUGGAGAAAACCCAGGACCAGAACCGACUCCUGCACAAGAUAGGCGCCUGCAACACCAAGAGGCUGAUGCUGUCAGAACGGGGGAGACUCCUACUGGCGCUGCUUCAGGAGGUGACGGCAGACAUAAACAGCAGUUUCGAAGAUGUCUUACAGAAGUGCCGGCACCUCUUCCACUUUGUCAUGCGGGACUGCUUUGCGGAGGUGGAGGAGGACCCCUCGGGGGCGUCCUGGACUGGCCCGCUGGCCACGGUGCGGCUGCUGAAGGAGAACGUCCUGGUGGACCGGGCUGUGAUACAGGAGCUGGAGGACUGCUGGGGUGAGGAGACAGCAGAGAGCUACCAGCAGAGCCUCCGCAUUCUGGCCCAGCUCCUGAGAGACCUCUUCCCUCUCCUGGACUCUGUGGAGUUUGACGGAAACCUGCAAGGGGAGAUCUACCGCUGCAAGCCACGGCGACUCCACAGGGUCACAAAGUUUAAAGGACUGCCACCCAGGAUUAUUUACAGGGUUCUCACUCGAAAAGGGGCUCACUCCGUGAGCAAGGAUGCCACUGGCUCGGUAAGCAGAACUGCGGUUACAAGGCAGUAUAAAGACAUUUGCCUCAAAGUGGCCAAUCUGCUUGCUAAGGUUUCCACAGAGGGGAACAGUAAAGACCUCAUGCAAGCCGAGAUAUCGGAUAUAAUCCGGGAGAUUCAGUUAACCCUUUCCAAACCAGAAUUUACGUACGAUUCCUUUGAUGCUGGUAUUAAGCUCAGGCUUCUUUCGCUGGUUGAGUUUGAUCCCAUCGCCUUGGAUAUCCCAGCCUUAAUCACACUACACUGGAAUACGGUCUCAAUCCUUGCCAAGUACCUGAAGACCAGCGAUAGGCACGCUUUCCAGUUCAACAUUGAGUAUGUCCGCAUGCAGCAGUGCUUGGCUUCCCUUCAAGGAAUAUGCAGCGUCCGCGAUCCAGUCACCAUAGAUAAUGGGGUGGAAGAAGUAUUUUGUUUCUUGACUUCAGGACCAGCUCUGUUUCUGGUUUGUCUGCAUUGCAGGGGCUACAGAGAUGGCAAAUAUUUUAUGUGCAAUGAGCCGCUCUGUUUCCAGGUAUUCGGCCUGCCAGAAACUGCAAUGCAAGAGGUGGAGAGCUUGGGAGGAAAGGUGUUGACUGUAGAAAAGGGGAAAAUGUGGCUUCGGGAGGAUUGUCAGGAGGGUUUAAAAACCAGACUGGAGGCAGUGAGUCAGAGCCACUCCACGCUGCUGCAGGAAGGCAGCUGCUGUUUUUUGGUCAAAUCCUUCAGCACAGAGUGCGAGGUCAAGUUCACGUUCAAGAACAACAAAAUCACAGCUACAGCAGAAAAGAACUCAGAAGUUUUAUAAAGCCAUGUUCUGUUACUGGAUGAAAACAGAGAACAUUAUUCCGUUAUAAAAGCCCAAGUUUCUAUUGACCUCUGGAAGCACGUCCAGAUCCAAAAAGUGUUGCUGUGAUACUGUAAAAAAGUCUAACUUGACUCCACUGUCCACAUAUGGGACAACGUUAAAAAAUAUAUAUAAACUUUUUGUUUAGUUUUUCUUAAGUAUUUUAUAUGUCAGGGUUGUACAUUUAUGUACAAUGAGUUUAUCUAUCAUAUCCAGGGGUUCAUGAACAACACAGUGCAACAGUGUUACUUCUCUGUGGAGAGCAAAACUACUGUGAAAUGUUUAAGGUCACUUCUUUGUCAAUGAUGAAGUUGCAUUGACCCGCAUUGUCUUGUUACACAGUUCGGGUCAACCUCAUUCUGUCCUGUACCUCCGUAUGUAUUAGAUUUUCAAAAGCAUAAUCUGUUACUGGAUAGUAUAAUGUACCAGAGUACCGGCCAAAGAGUAUCAUUGUCUCAUGCAAUGCUGCCCAAAUAGUAAUUUCUUGCACUUUAUGAAAUGCUAUGAGUCUAAGUGUACUGUAUAUGAAAUGUGUGUGUCCUGCUGGAGUUAUCCUCCAAUCUAAACUUUGCGGUGCUUGGUUAUUUUAAAAUACGAUCCGGCUUGAUAUUUUUAUUAAUAUUGCUGUACUAAAACUGUGUAUUCAGCAUGUUUAAAGCUAUUUUGUAUUCUCAAUAUUUCUUUAUUUUGUUAUUCAUAUUUUAAAAAGGCACAUCUCAUAUUUAUAUAUUUUAAAGUAAAAACGACAACAAUAAUGAUGAUGAACUGGAAACAUUAAAAGGGGUGUUCAUAAAUGCAGUGCUGGUGCAAACUGUUAGAAACAGUAAUAAAUCUAAACGUUACGAAGGUGUGUACAGUGUGACUAUUUUUUUUUGUUUGUGAUUUCUUUGUAUUUUAU